UGAAAUCUCUCUCAUUUAAUAUACUUGAUACCAAAAUUUAAACAUUGGACGGCUACUCUCUUCUUUACGAAAAUGCAAGCCUUUCCCAAUAGAGUGAAAUGAAAAACAGCACUUGAGAGUUGAGGGAAAAGGAUGCAGGACCAUAGUAUGGACCCUUUUGAAAUAUAUAUAUAAAACUAUGAAGAGAACAGCCUUGGCCACCAUUUCCAGCUACUCUCCUCUCUUUUUAAAUAAAAACAAAAUUAAAUUCUUGAUCACAAAUCUAAUGCAUCCCCUCCAAAAUCUUUCUCUCUGGUUGAGUCUUUUCUUGUAUUAAAACCCAACAGGGCCAACACCCUUUGGCCUUCACCUUCCCCUUUCAACAAUGCCUGAAUCACCACUCUUUCACUUUCUCCUCCUCUUAGUUUUCACUUUCUUUUCCUUAGCUGCCAAUGCCACCGCCGCUACAAAAAUAACCCAACAAUUCAAGGAAGCUCCACAAUUCUAUAACUCUCCGGAUUGCCCUGUGAUAAGUGAUGAAGAUGAAUCAGAUGGUGAAGACUCGAUUUUAUGCUCGGAUCAAGCUGUUCAUGUGGCAAUGACCCUUGACACAGCUUACAUCCGGGGCUCCAUGGCGGCUAUUCUUUCAGUGCUUCAACAUUCCUCUUGUCCCCAGAACAUUGCUUUCCAUUUCGUCGCCUCCGCCACUGCCAACGCGUCACUUUUACGCGCCACCAUCUCCUCCUCCUUCCCUUACCUCAACUUCGAAGUCUACCCUUUUGAUGACUCCUCAGUUUCACGCCUCAUUUCAACCUCAAUCCGUUCAGCUUUAGAUUGCCCUCUGAACUACGCUCGAAGCUACUUAGCCAAUCUCCUUCCUUUAUGCGUCCGCCGAGUCAUGUACCUUGAUUCCGACCUGGUUCUCGUUGAUGACAUAGCUAAACUCGCUGCAACUCCACUCGGAGACAACUCAGUUUUGGCUGCACCAGAAUAUUGCAAUGCAAAUUUCACCUCCUACUUUACUCUAACGUUUUGGUCAAACCCUUCUUUAUCCUUAACUUUUGCGAACCGUAAAGCUUGUUACUUUAACACCGGAGUAAUGGUAAUCGACCUUGAUCGAUGGAGAGAAGGAGAUUACACGACAAGAAUUGAAGAAUGGAUGGAGCUUCAAAAAAGAAUAAGAAUUUACGAGUUGGGUUCUUUGCCACCAUUUUUAUUGGUUUUCGCUGGAAACAUAGUCCCAGUUGAUCAUAGGUGGAAUCAGCAUGGCCUUGGGGGAGACAAUUUCAGAGGUUUGUGCAGAGAUUUGCAUCCUGGUCCGGUUAGUCUUUUACAUUGGAGUGGAAAAGGGAAGCCUUGGGCGAGACUUGAUGCUAAUAGACCAUGCCCUUUGGACGCUUUAUGGGCACCUUAUGAUCUCCUACAAACUCCAUUUGCAUUGGAUUCCUGAUGGGAAAAUUUUGCUGCUGGAUUACAUUGGUUACCAUCUUUCUCGGAAUAUGUUUGUCAGCUGAGAAAGGGACGGAAUCAUUAAGAAUAGGAUAGAUAUAAAGAUUUAAGCCGAAGAUCAGAUAGUGGAGCUGGAGGAAGAAGAACUAUGGGGAGAUUUAAGUUUUUCUUAUAUAUAAUAUAUAUAGUACUGAAACAGAUAUCAUAUUACACUUCAUUUGAUUUUUCUUCCUUUUCUGCAAGGUUACAUUUCAAAGAUGAAGAAAUUUGUUGUAAUAACAAUAAGGAAAAGAAAAUCCAGACUGAAAAUAGCAAUGGGUUCAUGAUCGUUUUCCAUCUCAGGUGUAUGAUAACUGUAAUCAAAAUCUGUAUAGACAAAGAGCUGUAUUUUUGGGUGGCUAAUUUUUCAUGGAUCUUUUUUUGUUUAAUAAAAAUAAAUCUGCCUUGUAUAUGAUCAAU